AUGAUGCCUCCGCAGGUGAAGGGCUCAGCAGGGAUCCCUCACCACACAGGGGAGCUGCAGCAGCACCAGCAGCACCAGCAGGACCUGACGUCCGUGGUGAUGGAGGAGGUCGAGGAGCAGCAGUGGGCGUGCCGCUGCACGCUGCUCAACCGAAAUAGCUUCUCCCGAUGCAUCGCCUGCGGCAGCCCCAAGCCUCGACAGCUACACUUGCAGCAGCAGCAUGGUAGCGGGCGGGCCCCUCCUUCUCUUGUCCCGGACGGGAGCACUACAUCGGCGACCACAAUAGCGGCCGGAAUCGCGGAAGCCAGCGGAGGAUCUACGUCGUCGUCCGCGACGACUCCCCCGGCAGCAGCUGCUACUACGACGGCGAAGCGGGGCAGGCAACGCCAUGGCAGCAGCUCCACCGGGCAGCACAAGCGUGCGAAGACUCUGCCGGGCGGCGGCGCAGCUGCUCCGCCUAGCUUGGCGGCGGAAGCCAACGCUGACAGCCGUAGCAGGGCUCCGUCGACUUCGGCAGGCAGCGAACGGAAACGAGCGGGUAGCGGACCGUCGUUGUCGUCCAAGGGCAACGGCAACAGGGAUGCGAAGCCCUCCGCCGCGCCUGCUGCCGCUGCCGCUGCCGCUGACACCUCGGGCGGAGAGGGAGACGGUGGCGGCGAAGCGACACCGACGCUAGCGGCGAAGAAGAAACACACGAUGGAGAUGUACAGGGUGAAGCGGAAGUCGGUCGGCGCGGCGCUCGCCAGGUCGGCCUUUUCCCAGCUCGAGCUGCUCAGCUGGGAAGACGUGAACGUUGACUGGUGCCCGGCAGAGCGCCUGGCCGAGGCCGAGCGACGAAACUCGGCCCUCCUAGGAGCCGGAGCUGGAGCUAAGGCGAGGGAUGGCGGGAGCCGGAGUCAACGGGGUGGUGCCGCGGCAGCGGCGGCGGCGGCGGCGGCGGCGGCUGCGGCGGCGGGAGAUGCGGAGGCAGACGGCGAGCAGGAGGAGCUGUGCAUGAGCGCACUGUUCCCUCUGCCCCAGCCGAAGCCGGCCCGGUUCGUCAAGAAGGGAGUUUUUGCGGCAGAGCCGGGAACGGCAACGGCGGACGCGCGGUCUAGCUCUACUGUGGUGGCGCCUUCCCCCCCGCUGCCCCACAGCACGAUUACGGAAGGGGAAGUCCUUGCCGGAAAGCUUGCCGCGGACGACGACGGAAAGCCACCAAAUACUGCGGGUGGUGCGGGCGGUGGUGGCGCGGCGCGCACGAUCUCGGCAAGCGACGGUGGCGGGAGCACCAGCAGCGACCCGCCGCCGCAGGCGGCGGAGAGUGAGGCCGGCGCAAAUGCGGGGGCUGGCGGAGACAACACGGACAGCAACAACAGCGACAAGUCGGCGACGACGGCUUCGGAGUCUUCCAGCACGACGCAGUACGCCAUGACCGCCGCGGCCAGGACCAAGGCCUACAAGGGCAUCUUCCGCACGGGGGGCGGGGACAAGCCCAAGAAGCGGCCCCGUAGCCCCGUCGCGAGCACCCCGCUGCACCUUCCAUUCCCGCGGCCCCCCGCCGGGGUGAGCCUGGCGACCGCGGACCUAGAGGAGCGGCCGCCUUGCGGCUCCGAGGAAUACGUGCAAACGGAGGCUGGGUCGGAGUGGGCGUGGGGGUUGUUGGGCGACAAGCAGGACGGUGGCGGCGACGGCGAUGUUGCUAGUGGUAGUGGCGGCGUUGGCGGCGCGUCGGCGGGCGCUAGCGGCAAGAGCGGUGGUCCUAGACACGGAGACUUUCGUUUGCCGUACGACGUGAUCUACGACUGCCACUACCAGAGGUUCCUCGGAGAGAUGCGGCAGCUGGGGAUGCGCAGCGCCGACGAUGCCAUGACAGAGUUUCACGGCAUCACGUCCAACGUGUACUUGAGCAAGAAGGAACUCCGAGGGUCUAAACAGCGGGUGUGGGCCACCUUUGAGGAGUGCACCAAGCGCACGUGCGGGCUGGGGGGCAAGGGCGUGUGCGGGAACCGGGAGUACAUGAGGAGGAAGGUGUGCAUCAAGGACGUCGGCCCCAAAGGCAUCGGGCUGGUGGCAAAGACGCGCAUUCCGGCGGGGGCUCUGAUCGGUGAAUACGUCGGGGAGGUCAUGUCGGAGGAUGAUUGGCAGGCGCGCCAGGCGCUCCUCCAUGCGGACGAGAAGCACAAGUUCGUCAUGGACCUGGGCGAGAGCGAGGUGAUCGACGCUAGCCAGAAGGGCAGCAUCCUGAGGUUCGUUAACCAUAGCUGCGGCCCCAAUGCCGAGACGCAGAAGUGGAUGAUUCAGGGCAAGAGGCGCAUCGGGCUGUUCGCCACCGAGGUCAUCGAGAAAGGGGUGGAAGUGACGUUCAACUACUGCUACGUUAGGUACGACGAGGAAGCCAGAGACUGCCUCUGCGAACACCCCAACUGCGUGAAAACGCUCGGAACGAAGCACGGCGAGGGCGAGGAGGGUUUGGGAGGUGGCGGCGGCGGCGGCGGCGGCGGCGGCGGGGGGGGAGUGGGUGGGCGAGGUCGGAACCGGAAAGGCGCGCCUAGGUUGGAGGAUCCGCAGACGGGGGAGACUGUGCGGGCGUGGCUCCACACGGAAGACGCAGAGAAUAUCGAGAAGUUCACCAUACGCUCUAUCAACAGCGAUGGCCGCCUCAGCGCGAGGGACCUAGCGAUCGUGAUGUCGAAGCGACUGUUCCUCAAGCGUAACCUCCCGGUUGCUUGUCGGAGGCUCGUGGCGGAGCAGGCGAGGUUAGCCGCGGAGGUCUGUGGAGCGGUGGCGGGAGCGGGCGAGAGCAAGGUGGCGGGUGAUGAGCGGGCCCGCAUCGCCGCCCAGCAAGAAAAGUGCUUGGCCCUAGAACAAGGAGGAAGCGACGGCGGCGGCGACAAGACGCUGGCAGCGGCGGCGGCGGCCGGCGGGCCGUCCUGGCCCCCGAGCAAGGCGAAGGUCAAGCUCUCAUUCCUCGAGAUGCAGGAGGAGGGCAUGCUGCUGCGCUUGGGGGGAGUGCAAGGGGCGCGGGAUAACAUCCGCGGAGCCCCAGCCGUCGCCUCGAACGGGACCUCGGGGGCACGCAAGGCCGCCGCCGGCAAGAAGAAGGACGGGCCCGCCGCGCGCGGCGGCGGGGGGAGUGAGAACGCGAGCGGGGUCAAAAGAGGGAGAGGUAGGCCGAGGAAGGCGGUUGGAGGGAAGACGGCGGCGGCGGCGGCGGCUAGUGGGUCCGCUGAGAAGGCGGACGCGGCAAGCGGCGGCCGCGAUGCUUCCAGAGGCACGGGAGCGGAGGUCGUACCCGCGGGUGAAGCGGCGAACGCGUCCCCGCUCAAGGACGGGGCGGUGACGGCGGCGAGGGCAGGCGGGGACCAACCAGAGGCCUCGGCGCAGGGGGUUGUGAGCCCUAAAGCCGCGCACGGAGGCAAGGACGCCACCGACGACGACGGCGAUGACGCAUCUUCCGGCGGACGGCCAAAGGAGAGAUCGCGGCCGUCAAAGGGCGAUACUCCCUCCCCCGGCGAGAAGGAGCGGCGGCGGCGGCGGACGCGCUCGACUUCCUCUGGAGCGGAGGAUAAGGAUAGGGACCGGAAGGGUAAGAGGGAAGGCGAUGUCGAGGAUAAGGAAUCCACGAGCCGGAAGGGUAAAACGGAAGCUGAUGGCAAGGUCAGCAGCAACACGAUGAAGAGCGACAGUCCCUCACCCCGUCGCCAGGGCGACACGACCCCUCCUUCCCGCUCGUCCGAACCGGUAACGGCGGCGGCGGCGGCGGAGUCGAUCCGGUCGCAGUCUUCGGUGGCCUCUCCGGCCGGCAAGGGCAAGGAGGCAGGCCGCGAAGAGAGCCGAUCUAGGGGCCGUCGCCGCGAGCGUAGCGACUCCCGACAGCAGCGUCGAUCUCCUUCUUGGGAUUCCCGGCAGCGGCCACGGCGACGGCGCGGCGGGGCGGGGAGUCCCCAUACCCCCCUCGUUCCUCCCGCCCGGCGGCGGCGUCGGAGGACCGGAGGAGGAGGAGGAGGAGCCGGGACGAUAUCCGGGAUAUCGGGUCGUCUCGCAAGGGGCGGCGAGACGAAAGCAGGAGCGAAAGUCGACGCAGGCGCCGCCACCGCCGACGCCGCGAUGAUUCUCGAUCGUCCUCGGGGUCGCGGUCGGCUUCGGCACGACGGCGGUCUCGCUCCCGUUCUAUCGUCGACUCUCGCACCCGUCACCGGCGGCGGCGGGACAGCCGAGACAGGCCGAGACGAGAUCAGUCUCGAGGGGACAGUCGGGACGGCGACGAUAGGACAAGCGGGAAGUCGGACCGCGAGGAAGGCCGCGGAGAGCGGCAUGGACCGCCCGCGCGGGUUGUCGUCGGACGGCGGCCGCAACGACGGUGCUCGCCACAGCAGCAGCAGGAGCCGGAGGGAGCGGCACAGGAGCCGAGACAACAGCAGCCACGAUCAUGGUCGAGGCGGUGACAGCGUGCCCAGGCGCGGGUACAAGGGCAAGAAGGAGAGGAUGCCCUCCCCGUCUCCGGCGGCGGCGGCGGCGGCGGCGGCGAGAGCGACGAUCCCUGACAGCGGCGGUGUUGUCGAGGGCCUCAAGAUUAGCGGGGGCGAGGGUGUUUCUGCCUUGACGUGGAGCGGCUUCGCAGAGCGGAGGAAGAAGAAUAGGGGGCCAUCACCGUCCCCGCCCGUGGCGUCGCCUGCCCGGAACACGACAACGGCGGCGGAUCACGGCGGUGGUGACGACAGCCACAGUGAGUGGUCCGACGUCAGCGACUCGGAGGUCAAGGGCAUCCGAAACCUGAGGAAGCGCCACGGGGAGGACUGGCGCGGCGUCCUCGGGGUCGAGGCAGACGAGCGCCUGGGCCUGGAGGUCGUAGCCGUCAAGGUCGAGAAUGACCAGCUUGCUGGGGUCCUCCCCCCGAGCGAGGACCCGGUCAAGAGGCCCCGCCAGAUCAUGAGCGUGAUGAUCACGAAGGCCUCGCGGAAGCUCCCUCGCGACGUUCACCGGCAGAUAUUGGAUACCUUCCAGGUGGUGAUUUUGGAGCCCUACUACUACCCGCCGAAUUGCAAGGAGCCGCCCAUGUAUGUGAUCGGGCCCGCCGCCCACGUCGCCCACGCCGGCCGAGCGCUCGUGCGCUUCCACACCGACGAGGCUGAGGCAACCGUGCUGAACGUCAUGGACAGCGCGAUGGAGGGGGCGCUGAGCAUUCGCAGACCCGAGGGGAUCGGGGACGUUCUCACGAGAGACCAAUCGUAUGAUGUACGUAACGAGUAG